CGAUAGUCGGUGCACCUUGUCGCGUCGGUCCCCUGAGCGCGGCUGGAGAGGACUCUGAUGCCCCGUGACUGGACCGAGACACCGCUGGGCUCCCGCGUCUUCCCCACAUCCAGUUUCUGGACUGCUGAAGGCUCCACAGCCAGACUCCCGCAGCUUCUUUUUUUUCAUUAUUACCAAGGUGAGGAAGAGCGGCAGGAGGAGGCGGAGAGGAGAGAGACAGACAGCAACAGCAGCAGCAGCAGGAUCUUGGCGCAUUGGAGUUUAUGGAUUAUUGAGAAACGCGGAUCAAAUAUUCAUAAGGAUUUUUUAAAAGAGGGAAAACACAAGGUGGGAUAGUGUGAGAGAUUCCCUGCAGUGAUUCACCAGCAGGAGCACCGCUGAUUUUUCAUCCGGCGUGUGCGCUCAGCGUGUUAGAGUGCGUGCGCGCGUGCGUGCGUGUGUGUGUUUGGAAAGGAGCCCCCCCUGCUGCAGCACUUUCCUGCCGCACGGACGGAGUGAUGCCACCGAGUUGCUGACGGACACCCGGCAGGUUCUCCGCACCCCGCCUCCCUUCCCUCCCCUCCUCCCGCACUGACGGACGCAUCGACCCCCUGCGAUCCCCACUAAUAUGCAAUGGUUUUUUGUGCAGAAGCAGACAGCUGCCGCGUACAGCCGACUUCACGCUAGCGCCGCCGCAUGCCUGACAGUCGCCGCCGCUCCUCUCCCCGCGCCGCGCGGCAGACGACGCCAUCUGAAGAGAAGCGCUCUGGGGCUUUUCGCGCCGCGGCGGCCGCGCGGCAGCAGCAGCAGUAGCGACCCUUCCUCCGCAGCUGAGGACCACCGGCCGCUGGGGCAGCAGGAGACGGGGAUCGAGGAGACAUCCGCCGCAGCGGUUGCGCUUUUCCAACCUCACGGGGGCGACGUCGACGCGGAAUACGUGCGGCUGGUGGUCUCCGAGCUUGCGGGGAAAGCGGGCGAGAAUCCGGGCGAAGAGCUGGGCUUCCUGCUCUUACUUUUGUCUAUGGUGCAGAUCGGGGGCGCGCCGCACCGCCGAACUGAGCCCGACAGCUGGCCGGUUCUGCUGGCAUGCAAAGAGGGGGGAGUAUCAGCCCCCAUGCGGUGGGUGAAUUUUAGGCUGCCGCAUCCGGAGCGCUUAUCCUCUUCCUUCUCUUCUUCUUCCUCCUCCUCUUCCUCCUCCCCCGUCUCGGCCAAAUCCAUGCGGUUUAUUUGGAACAACAUUUUCAGCAAAGGAUCGCAUAUGCUGCAGUGUCUUUGUGGCAAGAGCCUCAAGAAAACCAAGAACCCAACUGAACCGCAGCUGAAGGGCAUAGUGACCAGGUUGUUCUGCAGGCAAGGCUUCUAUCUCCAGAUGGGCCAGGAUGGAAGUCUGGACGGGACCAAAGAUGACAGCACCAACUCCUCUCUCUUCAACCUAAUUCCUGUGGGUCUGAGAGUCGUGGCCAUCCAAUCAGUCAAGACCGGUCUCUACAUCGCCAUGAACGGAGAGGGUCACCUUUACUGCUCGGAACUGUUUACACCUGAAUGCAAGUUUAAAGAGUCGGUGUUUGAGAACUACUACGUGAUCUACAGCUCCAUGCUGUACAGACAGAAGGAGUCGGGCCGGGCGUGGUUUCUGGGCCUCAACAAAGAGGGACAGAUCAUGAAAGGCAACAGGGUGAAGAAGACUAAACCAGCUGCACACUUCCUGCCUAAACCCAUAGAAGUUGCAAUGUACCGUGAGCCGUCAUUGCACGAUGUAGGAGAGGCGGUGCCUAAACUCGCAGGGGGCCCGCCUUCUAAAAGCACAACCUGCGAGCCCGUGGUCAUGAAUGGCGGCAAACCAGUCAGCAAACCCAGUAAGGAGGAGACAUAACACCACCUCUCAUUUUUAGCCUCCCUGCCUGCCUGGCUGGCCGACUGACUGGACGCCAGGAACCACCACAGACUUGCCCUGCUGCUGCGCUCUCAAAAAAACAGACAAAAAAAAAAAAAAAAGAAAAACACGCAAGAAAAGGUAACAAACAAACAGCUAUAAGCUCUGACUGGACAGCGACAGGGGCUGGACGUCCUGCCUCACCUCAGCCAGCUGGACACUGGUGACCAGGGGGACAGUGCUCCUGUUAAGAAGGCUGCUGAACUGGGUGAACUGGGACAGUGGCGUACGAUCUCAGUUAAAGGACAUAAAAAAAAGUCCGUGGUCACUUAUUUAUUUAUUUACUCAUUCAUUUAUCAAGGCUCCUGCUUUCCUCUGCUGAUAGUUUUCUGUUGCUUGCUUGCUCCAGGCUGCAGACACACAUCCACACAAACUCCGCUCCACUCCAAAUCGACCGCUUGGAUUCGAUCUUUAAAUACAUUAAAAGCAUCAACAAACACAGGAGAAAGACCGUUUUAAAUACCAAACAGUGAUGAUUCAGGGGAAAGCUUAGUCAUCAAUCACUUAGGAUUUGGAACAGGAUGUUCUGUGCUUAAACUACAUCAAAAAGCAUCAAGAAACAGCACAUCGCAUAUGGUGAACUCGCCAUUCGCCGUCUCCCUUACUACACGUCUCAUCAAGAAGACACAAAACUAGUUCAGAGAAGACAAAACAAGUCUUCGCAUGAAGAUGAUUUAUAGUGAAUUCCCAAUUUGUAGCAGCAAGGUGUGUAUCUGAAGUUUGCAGGUGCUGCAGCACCUUGGUAGCAGUCUGUGUUUACAUAGGGUAGCAGAUUUAGAUUAAUAUGAUCAAACGGUGUCCUUGGCCAGGAGGACUUUUGUAGACUUUUUCCUUUACUUGUUGCCUUCCCAAGUACUUGAAAACAAAAGAAGAAACAGGGUAUUUGAACGUGGAAAGAGCCUGUGUUACUGGGACCACUAUAAUCCAGGUUUAUAGUCCAGGAUUUUUAGAGUUUAUCUACAUGACGUUGAAAUUAAUUUAAAGGUCCGAAAGUGUUAUCAGCUGAUACCCAUGAAGUAGCAUUUAUAAGACGUUCUCCGACUGUUACAACUGAUUCAGUUUUCAUUUGUAGAUUCUUAAAACUGAGCUUACGUUCUGCUUUUAGCACAAUUUCCAGAUUGUUUCAGCUUGUUUGUCCUGUCGCCCCUUUGCCAUUUUGUAUCUCCGUUUCAUACCGACCUCUUCCCGUAUCAAAAUAGUUGUCAUAUAUUAUGAAUCCCUUUGGCCUGCUUUAAUCCUCACAUUUAGUUUGCUAAUUAAAACCUCACAAAUUAAAACUUAGAAAGUUUGAAAAAUAAAUACAUUAUUCUUCCUCUAUGUCCCUGUAUCCAUCUAGAAUUAGAGUUUCUUCAGAUUUUUCCUGUCAUAUUUAUAGUGUAAAAAGUUUUAUUAAAUUUGGAAGCCGAUGAAAUGUUUCAAUUUGGGAUUAUGCUUUUAGAAUAAUCGAUUAUUUGGGAUUGGCUAAAAACUGUUUACAGUAAAAGAAAAACCACCACUUUAAACAAACAAACAAAAAAACACUUUAAAUGACUUUGAGUCCUGAAUUUAAAAAUAAUAAAUUAUUCAUUUAUGCAGUUUAUGUGACUUUGCUCUUCUUCAGAUGUUUAACCUUCAGUUCACAGUUAAACAAAAGUCAAAAACUGCUGAAUUAUUAUGAUUGAAUUCUAUAUUAUUCAGGGACUUCUUUACACAUUCACAUUCAUAUUAAUAGAAAAGGCAAUAUUAAAUCUUAAGUUUUAUUUUUCUACAAUUAUGCAUCGUAAUCAUCUAUAAUUGGCGUGUUUUCAGAGGUGACAAAUUUGCUUUUUUUUUUUUCUUUUUACAAUUUUUACAAAUAUUAUCUCACCAAAAUGCCCAGAAGACGAGAUGCAAAAUGUGCAAGAUGUGGUAAAAAUGUUGGUUGUCACGUGUAUCAUGAAACAUGGUAGGAAAUGUUGAAGGGACGAGCUGACCUAGAGCCUUUAGAUGAGACUGUGAAUGAAAAGGAAAACAGCUGUGGAGCACGAGACACUUUUUUUUUGAUUUUCCCUCGAUUUAAAAAAAAAAAAGUUGUAUUCCUUCAGGAAGGUUGAAGACAAACUUCGUCUACAGGACUUAGGAAUUAGUGCUUCUGAUGGGGUUUAAGUAGUUUGAUUGCACUAUUUAUAUUUUAUUUUGAAAAGCAAAAAAAAUAAGACAUGGAGCAGAAGUGCCACAUUGAAAAAUACAUCUGAAUUUCCGAAUUACCUGCCAAAAUGAGGGGCUUCAACAUCACAAACAGGGAUUUUUAUUUCAGAAAGUCCCCCAGUGUUUACUCUCUUGCCCAUUUACUCAACUCCAUUUUUCAUGUUUCACUUGCUUUGAUGUCAAAUAAUUAUGUCUGUUCCUGAAUUACUUCAACCCUCCUUACCUCAAUUACUGAUAACUCCUCCUAACACUUAAAACAAUAGGUGCCUUUUUCAGCUGCAGUCUGGCCGUCACCGAUCCACACAACUGUAAAACCAGACAAAAAUGAUUUAUUUCUAAACUCCACCAAUUGAAACUGUUUAUUAGUACUUCUAUUUCAUCGUAUGUAUAAUUUUGAUCCACAGUGGCUUAAAGAAAAGCAGAAGUUCCCACAUGUAGUCUUAUGCCUGGCAUGAAUGUAAAUCCAAGGUUUUUCUCCAACUCUAAUCUUCCCACCUCCAUUACAAAUUGGCCAUAAACCAGCCUGCACAUUUAUUGAUGAAAUCUCAAACUUAUAAGCGACUUAAAUGUUUUUACUGAUCACAAACCGAAAUAAUCGCACACCGUUAGAUGGGCCAAUAUGAGAUCUUGUGGUGGCAUUUUCUUUUUACACAAAAUACUGCCAUAUCAGGAUUCACAAGUAAAUCUGAAGUGUAAAACAGUCUUAUGUGCAUUUAUGUCAGGUAUUUGUAUUGCUGCAACUAUGCGGAACUGCAGUGAUUUUUACUUGAGAUGUACUGAGAAAGUGUCUGGUGACCAGAAUUGGUCAUAAACAAAUGAAGAUUCAUUUACUUUGUGAUCUGGCAACGCCUCAUAAUUCUACCAGGUCACACUAGUAGCAACACUCUUCUGUGUGGAAGAUGUUGCUAGAGGGUAGAAGCUUCAAGCUUGGGUCCUUUCAGUAGCUGCGAUUCCAUUAACCUUAAAAUUACUUAUUCAGUAAAAAAGUAUUUUGCUAAAGUACUAGCUGAUCAAAACUUCAAUCAUUUCAUGUUGACGGGAAGAUACUCAAAUUCUCAAGUAAGAGUAACAGCUUAGUACAAAUAGUCCUAAAAGUACACUUUUUCAAAAAGUUAUUCAAGCAAAUAGAACUAGUUACUACCUAAAUCUGUAAAUUGGUCUAUUGCAAUACAAUGCAAAGUAUAAUUUCAUAACUUUAAGAAUACAACUAUUUCAUUUCAAUCAUUCAUUUAAAUAAAAAUAAAAUGUAAGUGAAGUAAAAGUGUAGAAGCCUUUCUUCAGUGGGAAAAAUCUGAUCAUUCUUGCACUUUCUCUGGCUUCUCUCUAAAAGGAUUUACGUCGUUUACCUUAAUUUUUUUAAACCAGGCCUUUCUCACUGACACUAGUAGUUAAUUAAUUAUCCUGAAAUCCCCAAAGUAACACUUGAGUUUGUGAGAAAAAUCCUAAAUCCACCCUCUCACUGUGAAAGCCAGUUUGUUCUGGGACUUUUAUGUUUCCUCAUAUUUCUUUGACCGCAAGACUAGAUGCCAGUCGCUUCCUCCUCCAGAUAUCCCAGGAGGAGAUGCUGUCAUACUGUGAUCCCACUUUGAGAUUAAUAGCAGGCGCAUAUUAAGGCAUUCAGGGUCUGCUUAUUAAAGCAAUUAAAACAGACACUGUGUAUCUCUUCUCGCUUUGAAUCCCAAUUUUGAACCAAAAUAACCCCUUUUGCAUUUUAAUCAGAUGAUUGAAACACUGUCCUGUUUGCGGAAGAUUAAUGACCUGCGUCGACGUUGCCACAACUACAAAGCGGCAACAGGACAAAGCAGCCUCCCUGCAGAAAUCAAGGCUGCUGUGAUUCAUUCGCACAUCAAACGAGCAGCGGCGUCUCAAGCCUUGGCAACAGGUCUGCAUCUGUUCAGCAGGUGAAACGGCGCGCGCGGACGCUGUUUAUCCGAGCCGGACGUAGCCGGGUGCUACAGACCUCACAGUGUUUCCAAUUGACAUUUCAAAGAUUCGGUUCUCACGUACGCCACGUAAUUUCUCUCCUUCGCUGAACUCAUUAACUGCAUCUCACAUUCAUGUACAGAUAUGUGGUCGAGCAGCACAUCUUCUUACAUGAGCCAUCAUUCGGACUGAUGUGGUCACAGAGGUGUUUUCUUUUCGCCUUUAAAUGGGGGGGCUUAAAGGAAAAUAAACCACUUUCUGUGCUAAUAUGUAAAGACAAUAAAAAAGGAGAGGAAAAUGAAAAGAAAUGGCAAAGCGAGUGCCUCUCAUAAACCCAGCUUGGAUCAAGCUGUAAGAUCCAGCUGUGGAUCCUUAAUUUCUCUACCCUCAAAGUUUGACUUUAGCUUUGUUCUGUCUAAUGUUAUAUGGAAUAAUAUUAAUGAGGAACAAGUCUGGUGCUGUGCUCGUCUCAUGUCAAAGAAAUGUGGAUGUAACAUUUAUUUAUUAACUGUUGUGUCACAGUUGGGGGCAAAAAAAAAAAAAAAAAGAUAAAAUAAACCCUGACAAUCACAUACAAUGGCUUGGAAAAACUAUUUAUACCCCUUAAAUGUUUUCACACAAAUAUUUCAAACCAUUUUAUCAGUUAAAGUGAGUUCAUUCAAUCCAGCUUUAUUGGGUUCUUCCAUAAAAACCCAGUAAAAUGAACAUAUUCGUCUUGACAGAAUGUGAAAAAGUUUUAGAGGUUCAAAUAAUUUUGACGUCGGUCUAUUCCCAUUUAUUUUUCUUGUAUUGUCUCAGCUAUCCAUCUCUGAGCAGAACCUUAUCUGUUAGACAUGAUACGAGGUGAUUUGACCGUUUUUGUUCAAAUAUUACGUCAAAAACGUCAGAUCUUACCAAGUAUUUUUUGCUGUAGUUUCUGGCACAAACAUCUUAGUACACUGGAAAUAAGACAAAACUAAAUAACUUUUCAGCAAGAUAUAGAUGCUUGUUUUAGGUCAGUAAUUUAUUUCCUAUGUAAUAUGAGGAAAAAAAGUCUGUCAGGAAAUAAUUUGCUACUUGUAAAUAAUUAGGUUUAAUUGUAAACCCAACUUAUUGUGUUGUUUACAGUGUAUAUCUUGCCGAAAAGUUACUUGUGAGUUAGCUUUGUCUUAUUUCAAGAGCACUAGGAUAUUUGCACUAAAAACUGGACCAAAAAUAUUUGGUAAGAUUUUAUUUUUGCAGUUGAUAGCUUGUCCCUUUUACUGCUGGCCAGUUUAGCGAAGCAGCUUUAUGUCUCCAGUCAGAGCAGCUCUGCUUGUUAGGGCAAUCCCAGGGUUCCCAUCAAGCCAAAGUGGUUGGCGAAAAUCUGUGGGGAUAUGCUCACAAAUUAAUACAGUUUAAGGGCAGAGGAAGAAAGGGAAAAAUGAAGAAAAAGGCCCGGUUUCCUGGAUACUGACCAAAGACGCUUCUCCAAUAUUUUUUUCUUUUUCCAUGCUGCUAAUCAGAGUUCAAAGAACCACUGGCGCAAUUACUGUCAGCAUCUCCUGAGAGAUUUCCUUUCCGCUGGUGGUUAGCCAGAUGCCAGGGCUACAAUUAUGAAAGACUCCGCUCCACACAGGAAGAGAGCAGCUGACUAAAUUAGAAGUGAGCAAUCGCAGUAACCAGGGUGACUUUUAAUUUCCACAUACAGGUACCCAGCCAUGCUCUCGUGGCAGCAUGCAUGUACCCAUCUUAGUUCGCCUGCAAGUCAGGAGGCACAAAAUGGACACGAAAAGAAAGGGGCAGACACACACACACACACACAAAAAAUCCCUUUGUGACCUGACCACUGCAACGCAGGAGCACUUUAGGGAACAUGUAAUGGUUAGCGCUUAUGAUGUAGCUGGCCUCCCUCAGGUUUUUCAUUUUCUUCUUCUUCUCUGCUUUAGUCCUUUUUAAAAAGACUGCCUUAUUUCAUCUGAAUCUCAAGACAGCUCUCUCAUCCCAUUCUCUCCAGGCACUUAGAUCCCACACUCUCAUAGAAACACAUGCAGCAGAUACAACUUCAGCCUAUUUUACUUUUCAAUUAUCCUUUGAUUCCCCCCCCCCCCAAUCUUCUGUUCACUGGAACCGCGCUUGCCGUCGCUUUCUGCUUGUUGUGUAAUCAAGCAUCUGGAGAUCUUACUCCCACCUUCGUCACCUCCUCCUCUGUCUCGUCGUCCCUCUGUUUGGAACGGUUCCCACUUGUUGCAUGGAUUUGAAAAGAGGAAAGCUGGCAGAAGUGGUGUUUGUGGGGGUGGGCGGGGCUUAUGCAUGUGGUAAUUUUAUGAAAUCAAAAGAAACACCAGGGGUACUUGGGAGUUUUUGGCUCAUAUCUUGCUGUUAGUUUGCACAGUUGGAGAACAUAAAGGUGUUUUACUCCCAGAGCUGUCAGACAUGUACUCUAAUGCAUGUCUAAAUUUUACUCCAAUGGAUCAAAAUGUCACAUUUAUUAAAAAUAACCGCAUGAUUGCGAAACUUUGACAUUCUUUGUGUCCCUUUAAUUGUGAUGGAUUAAAAUCAGCAUAAAAAUUCAAUUUGUUGCAAAUUAUACAACAGAUUUCUUAAAAAUCCACUUGUCUCACUUGAGGAGAAUUCUGUUUCUAGGUUUGCUUCUCCAAGAUGCACAAACUUGGAUAAAUUAGACACAUUUUGCAUGCAUGAAAUGCUAUAAUAUCCAGUUUUCCUCUGCGAUAUAGGGUACCUGUGCGCUGAAUGUUAAGCCUGCUCUAAGAACAUCUAAUAUCAGAGCAGCAGCAUGUUUUAUCCUCCCUGUGCAAACCCCCACCAGCUAUCAGCCAAAAGCUAAAGUGACUGGUGCCAACCUUUUAAGGAGAUUACCUUGUGUGUCGGUAAAUGUACAGUUAACUUUACAUAUUAUGCAAACAGUUUGUCUGCACUGUACAGUUUGUGUCCAACCUAUUGAAUACACAAAAACAAUAUUGAAUAAAGGCUUUAUAAAAA